ACAUUUCUCUUUAGCCCAAAACAAAUUCAGCAAGUGGAGUGACUCCGAGCACGGCCAAAAAUGAGGGUCGAAACCCGAGUCCAACGUCCAAAUGUAGGAGACCGAGUUGGAAAACACCUUCCUUUUUUCUCAAAACCCGCCGGAGACCGAGUUGGAACCCGAACCGGCUAUAAGUAUCAUUUGUAGUCUCUGUUAGCUCUCUCUGAAACUCAGACGAGAAGCCACUGCCCCGCAACAGAGAGAGGAGAAUGGCCAUUACAGUAGCUAUCAACUUAGCUCUAAUAAAUCCAUCGACUUUAUUUCAUCCCAAGUCUCCGAACCCUUCAAAGCUUAGAGCUUUCACUCUCAGAUGCUCCUCCGCCACCUCAACCGCGGUCACUGAUUUGGCAGAAAUACCUUGGAAGACUUCAGAUGCUAGACUUGUGCUUGAAGAUGGUUCAAUCUGGAGAGCAAAGUCGUUUGGUGCUUCAGGGACCCAAGUUGGUGAAGUUGUAUUCAAUACAUCCUUGACCGGGUAUCAAGAAAUUCUUACAGACCCUAGUUAUGCUGGACAAUUUGUUCUCAUGACAAACCCACAUAUUGGAAAUACUGGUGUAAAUUUUGAUGAUCAAGAAUCAAGGCAAUGCUUCCUUGCUGGUCUAGUGGUUAGAAGUUUAAGUAUCAAUACUUCAAAUUGGAGAUGUGCAGAAACACUUGGUGAUUAUUUAGCAGAAAGGAAUAUCAUGGGAAUUUAUGAUGUUGACACACGUGCUAUCACCCGAAGAUUAAGGCAAGAUGGCAGCCUUAUUGGUGUUUUGAGCACAGAAAGGACAAAAACAGAUGAAGAACUAUUGGAAAUGUCUCGUUCGUGGGACAUUGUUGGGGUUGAUUUAAUAAGUGGUGUGUCAUGUAAGGCCCCUCAUGAUUGGGUUGAUAAAACAAAUCCAGAGUGGGAAUUUAACUCCAGUAAAAGAGGUGGAGAGGCAUUCCGUGUUAUAGCAUAUGAUUUUGGAAUCAAGCAUAAUAUACUCAAGCGCUUGGCUUCCUAUGGUUGUAAAAUUACUGUUGUGCCUUCAACAUGGCCCGCAUCAGAGACUCUUAAGAUGAAACCAGAUGGGGUCCUUUUCAGCAAUGGCCCUGGAGACCCAUCUGCUAUUCCUUAUGCUGUUGAAACAGUUAAGGAGAUCAUUGGAAGGGUUCCUGCUUUUGGAAUCUGCAUGGGUCAUCAGUUGCUUGGCUUGGCAUUAGGUGGUAAAACUUUUAAAAUGAAGUUUGGCCACCAUGGAGGAAAUCAUCCAGUCCGUAAUCUUCGUAGCGGACAUGUUGAGAUAAGCGCUCAGAAUCACAACUAUGCAGUUGACUCUUCGUCACUUCCAGAGGGUGUAGAAGUAACUCAUGUCAAUCUUAACGAUGGAAGCUGUGCUGGUCUUGCCUAUCCUGCACAAAACAUCAUGUCUAUUCAGUACCACCCUGAAGCAUCCCCAGGACCCCAUGAUUCGGACUAUGCUUUUAAGGAAUUCAUACAGCUGAUGAAGAAAGUGAAAGUAAAUUCAUGAGUGAUGGCUGCACUGAGCGUUAUUUGAUGGAUGGCAUGUCUAAGGCGGCGAGGGUUCAAUGGUAAUGCAUAAAUCCAGCGUCUCUCUUGUCUAUGGGAUUAACAUAUGCGUGCCGUCACAGAAAACUAGUUAGGAGUCUUCUUCCCUUUUUUUUAGUCAAAAUGUUGUCGGUGACUGAAAUUUUGAGAUGAAGUUUUAAUAGAACAAUUAUUCUAUA